CUUGCGUUUUUGAGAAAAAGUACCCCAAAAAUGGCGGCAUAUUCGUCAUCGUGAGAAAGGCUAAUUAUGUUAAUUAUGGUAACAAUAGUCUCAAUUUUCGAAGGUAAUUUGUUAUUGUCGUAAUAGGGUAUUUUAAACAAUAGUACAAUGCAUUGGUCAGACCGGAAGUUAUUGAAAUGACUUGCAUAAUACACCCUAGAGUCUCAAACCCAGACAAGUAUAAAUGCUUGCAAGCAUAGAAGCUCAUUGGAUUCCAGGCUGAAAGUACAAGUAAAUAAAAAACAAGCAUGCCCGAUCGUAGACCGUAAAAUUUAAUAUCUUUGUGUCAAUUUCUGCUGACACAGUGACACGAGCUAUUGACAAAGCAGAGGUGUCAGGAAUAUAAAUUCGAGUGGUUACCAUAUAAAUGCAAGAAGGUAUGUUGGCUUUCAAGCAUUCAAAACAGCUUCUCCAAAUGAAAAUGACGCUACUUUUGCACCAGAUAUCUACAGUGGCAGCCUGUGGACUUAUUCUCCUUCUCUGUUUGCAGCCAGUAUCGUCAGUACCGACUCUAACAAAAUCAGGCGAACCAAAAAGUAUUCUAUUAACAAAUAAAUCAUUUGAGUUCCAAUGUACUGCAACGGGAACACCCAGUGAACUUGCUGGUGCUAAAUUCACGUGGCGAGGACCAGAUGACGUUUCUAUCCCAGGAAAUGAUGAUAAAGGAAAUAUCACAAUGGAAAGUGGAGCUGAAAAUGUGACAAGUAUUUUAAGGGUAUCAAAACCACCAGAUUACCCACGUCCACCAUCUUUGAAAUAUUUUAUGUGUGAAGUAAAUGGGAUCCAACUGAGUUUUCCGGUCUACAUUGUGAAAGAGAAAGCAAUUCCAAAGAUACACCCAAUUCAACUAAAUCGCACAAGGCACAAAGAAACAGUUCUCGUGAAAUGUGAUGCAUCAUAUGAAAAUGAGAACAAUGGAAUAGCAAGAAAAUUCAAUGUUAAUUUGAGCUGGUUAAAAGAUGGCAAACUCCUUGCAAACAAAACAGUCGAAUAUAAAACUGGAAACCAGAUUGUGAGCCUCAAUCACACGGUAACAGUCAACGAUCAAGAGGAUACUGGAAUUUACAUUUGUCAGUCACAAUUAGCCCUGAAAGAUAAAACAGAUUCAGUUACUGAAUCUAAAAAUUUUGAAUUACGGACUCUUCUGUAUCUUAAUGGUCCAAAAAAGAAAGCAGUGAAAGCUAUUGUUGGCAGUGAUUUUAAACUGCGCUGUGAUGUCACUGAUGUGCUUGGCUAUCCUAUAACCUAUCAAUGGCGUGAUGAAGAUUGUUUAAUUGGUGUUGGAAAAAAUUGCACAGAUCUUCGAAUCAGACAGAAAAACAACUUCUUGUAUAUCGAUGAUAUUGGCUAUAAGGAUCAAAAGAAAUAUACAUGUGUGGGAAGUGUUGGUGGAAAUCAAUCUCUCAAACAAAAUAUCAUUUUAAAAGUUCAAUCUUCACAAGGAACCCGUGCUCAGUUAACCAGACUCACAACUAUACUUUUGAUAUGUAUGUAUACAUUUUGUUUCCUCGAAUGGUUGUAAGAUGAUAAAUGAAACGUUUUCAUCAAAUUCCUUGCGGUUUACUCAGGGAUUUGAGCAUUGUCUUGACAACUCGAUUGUCUUAACAAUCUUUUAAUUUUCACUAAUUUUAAUUUUAUUAAUUUUUACUAAUGUUAUAUGCUAUAGAAUGACAUAGACUUAGAAGACCAUUCAAUUAUUAUGUAUGUCUGAUAUUUCUCUUUGAAAACAGAACUUUUCUUACGUUAACAUGCAUGCGUGGAUAAUAAAAGUAAUUGGGAAGGGUAUAACUUCAUUAAGGGUACAGUGUAAGUAAAAGUUGGUACUUUAGUUCCAUCUCUGUAUCUAUUACGUACUCUGUGUUAAGGGUACAUACGGACGUCAUAGAGGUAUAUACGGAUAAUCCGAGGUGUAGAAUAGGAUUAUAACCUGCUUUGAAUAUAUUGUUCUUCGCUGGAA